CCCUACAAGGACAGGCUGAUGGAGUUGGGGCUCUUUGGCCUGGAGAAGAGAAGGCUCUGAGGGGACCUUCCUGUGGCCGUACAGUACCUGAAGUGGGCCUACAGAAAAGCUGGGGAGGGACUUUUUAUACGGGCAAGUAGUGACAGGACAAGGGAAAUGAGCUUAAGCUAGAAGAGGGUAGUUUUAGACUAGAUAAUAAGAAGACAUUCUUUAGCGUGAGGGUGGUGAGAGACUGGCACGGGUUGCCCAGAGAGGUUGUGGAUGCCCCACUCCAGAGGCAUUCAAGGCCAGGCUGGAUGGGGCAGUGAGCAACGUGGUCUACAGGGAGGUGUCCCUGCCUCUAGCAGGGGGGCUGGAACUAGAUGUGCUUCAAGGUCCCUUUCAACCCUAACCAUUCUGUGUUGCUAUGAUUCGAUGAUUCGAUGGAUGGGAGGAAGCAGAGGUAGGACGGGGUCGUGGGAUCUGGGUGUUGAGUCCCCAGCCCCAAGAUGGGUACAGCAGGGCCCUCCUCCAUGCCCAGGAGCCACGUUGCUCCAAAUCUAGAUGGCAAUCCCAUUUCCAUUUUUUUUUUGGAUGAAAAGCAGAGCAUGCUUCUUGUAUUCAAGUCUGCUAGGCUGAUGUGAAAUCAAAAUGGAGCUGAAGCUGCUCCAUUUUGAGCAGCUGAAGUUAGAAAAAAGCACAGUGUAUCUGGCUAUUAUUCAGAGUAUUUCAUUAGAAACUCGUGUCCAUGGAGGUUUACAAAACCUUCCGGCUACUGCCGUGUCGGCUUCCUGCUUUGUUGGAGUGGCACAUGGAGGAAUUCUCUGAGCUUUGACCCUCUGCCUUGAUGAGAUCCAUAUCUAAGAAAUCCACCAGGGAAUCCACCAGGGCACACUGGGAAGCCUACGGCAGUGCAGGGGAAAGGCAUUGUGACAUCACAGAGCAGGACAUGACAUCAAUCUUUGUCGAGUCACACUGGCAGCCUCCCCCAGCUCAGACACGUGGAGCGGCCGCUCCGUCCUGGUGGUCACUGCUGGAGCACUGCUCUGGGUGACAGCCAUUUGUGUAUUGUGAUUGUUCUUUGGGAGAGAACAGGAUGAAGUUCAGCCUGACUCUCUUCCUGGCCAUCGCUCUGACCCUGUCUCCAUUUGCGGGACAUGGCCCUGGCUGUGUCAGCUGUCUCAGCUGGGUCUGGAAUUGGGACCAAAAGCUGGAUGUUCCCGAGGAGCAGCACCCAGUGGGGACCGAGAGCCAGACCUCCACCUGGCUCUGCUGGCUUGGCCUAACGCCCUGCCCCGACAGAACUGAGGGCAGGAAGAAUAACCAGCUCCUUCCUGAGGAGCAGAAUCCAGUGCGGACCGAGAGCCAGACCUCCACCUGGCUCUGCUGGCUUGGCCUAACGUCCUGCCCCGACAGGGCUGCGGCCACGAAGACAAACCAGGUCCUUCCUCAGGAGCAGCACCCAGUGGGGACCAAGAGCCAGACCUCCUACUGGCCCUGCUGGCUUGGCCCUUCCCAAUGGAUCGGGUACAAGAGCAGCAAGGUUGUCGUUCCACAGGGCCCAAAGCAGCAGUCCCCAGGCACCAAGCAGAAGGCCUACAGCUUGCCUGGCAUCGUGGGCCACCUUUGGGACAACCUUGUGCAAAGGACAACCUGGCUCCUUACAGAUACCUUGAUUGCCAUCUGCAUUUUGGGCCUUCAGAGUAUUGCCAGCAGCCUCUGGAGAAGAUUAAGAAGGCCUCGGGCACAGGCUCUUCCAGCUCCAAACGAAGACCAGAUUCAACAUCUCUCGGGACAAAAUGCUUGCACCUCCCAGAAGAGUGAGCUGGCCUGCUUCUACCCACGCCUGGCCUCCAAAUCAGAGACAGGGAAGACUGGCUUAAUUAACUUGGGAAACACUUGUUACAUGAACAGUGUCAUCCAGUCUCUUUUCAUGGCUUCGGACUUUCGGCAUUCCGUGUUGAAUUUAACUGAGGGCAUCUCCCAGCCCCUGAUGGCAGAACUCCAGUGGCCCUUUGCACUUUUGGAGCACAGUCAGCGACCUGCCAUCUCACCUGAGAGCUUCCUCUCUGCCUCGCGGCCACCCUGGUUUACCUUUGGUGCUCAGCAGGACUGCUCGGAGUAUCUCAAGUACCUCCUGAAUCGAUUACAUGAAGAAGAAAAAACUGGAAAGAGGAUCUACCAGACGCUCAAGGAGUCCCGCUUGACGUCUGAAGCCACGGAGCACCAUUCCUUAAACAAGACAUUGAUUGAGAAGAUGUUUGGGGGGAAAAUAAUGACAAGGAUUCGUUGCUUGAAGUGUUUGAACAUCUCUUCUAAAGAAGAAGCCUUCACAGACCUGUCGUUGGCCUUCCCCCCUCCGGAUAGGCCCGUACGCAGACCAGGAAGCACGUGUGUUUUACCCGCGGCAGAAAUCAGCCCGCAGUUUAUUGAGCACUGCAGAAACCCAAGCCAGCCAACAGGCUCUCCCUGGGUCCGGAGGAAGCCCCCUGUGCCUGGAGAUCCCGCAGCCCAGCCGGUGCCGGUGGAAACACUGGGUUUUUGGGAGCCCAGAGAAUCAGCACAUCCCCUAAGCAACAGUGCUGUCAGCGUGGAUACAACCAAAGAUCCUCACUUGGCUUUUGCGGAGCAGACAUGCGCUCCUAAGGACUCCCGAUCCGUCUUGGAUUUAAUCAACUAUUUUCUGUCCCCAGAGAGGCUGACAGCAGAGAAUCAAUACCACUGCGAGCAAUGUGCUUCCUUGCAGGAUGCUGAGAAGGUGGCACAGCUGACAGAGGGCCCGCACUACCUCAUCCUCACACUGCUGCGGUUCUCCUUCGACCCGCACACCAUGAAGAGGACUAAGAUCCUGGACAAUGUCUCCAUCCCCGCAGUGCUCGAGUUGCCCAUCCUUGUCAGCUCAGAGGAAACUGAGGACGUUUGCCGGCACGGCGAGGACAGGGCUGACCUGGGCAGCACCUUUGCGUCCGCCGUGUACGAUCUCUGCAGCGUGGUGGUGCAUUCGGGCAUCUCCUCCGAGAGCGGCCACUACUACUGCUACUCCAGAGAGUGCACUGAUACCGUGCCCCACGCACCGCCCCGGGAUGGGACACCAAAACCGGCUUCUGACAAGCAGCUGGACUUUGAAAUCCCGUGGUACCUCUUCAACGACCACAGGGUUUCCACCUUCUCCUUUGAAUCAGCCAGCAACCUGGCUUCUUUGUACCCCAAGGACACUGCCUACGUGCUAUUCUACAGGCAGCGGGAGGGCAGCCUGUAGCUCCCCACCCAUGAGGCUGUGACAGAAGCCAACAACCUGCACAGCAGACUCUCCCUCAAGAAGGACUUGAUGGAAGCCAUCCCCAAAGGGAACAUCCUCUACUUGCAGGAGCAGGAAAAAAGAGGCGAGGAACAGAGCUGCCUACAUUCCCACCUUGCCAAAAUCCUCCACGCCUCAGUCCACCAAAGGUUCGUCAGCAAAAAACUUCCUGAUAACAACAAUGUCUUCGACUGAAUGCAUGCCAACAUCUCCAGGAUCAUCACCUUCAUUUUCAAGCAUGCAUGAGAUAAAUAAAAUCAUCAUUCCUGCAGCCUGUGUCGUUGUGGUGGCAGUGGGUCCGGGGCAGCGGCAGCACGAAAGGCGUUGGUGCAGGAGAGUGCUGCUGUGCAGGUUUUGGGGGCACGCGCCUGGGGAGGAGGAAGGGCACUGGGCCGGGGGAAAGGAGGCACCGAUGGCUGCGAGGUGCCCGCAGACAGCCAUGGCCCAGGGAGAGAGAGCGCAUCCUGAGUGGGAGCCCACGUCCUGCUGAGGUAAUGCAGCAUCCCCCAGAGUACACAGGGAGGUCCUGUGAGUCCUGCGGCACACUGGGAAGCAUCCAGGGCACAAUGCAAUCCUCAGCAGGGGCAGUUCUGCAAAGAUACCAUACGGAUCAGCUUCGUAAUGGAGGCUUGCAGUGAGGGAGCCUUCCCAGGAAGGAAAAAUGGCGGCAAAACACCACAGCAGAGCUUCUGGGAAAGGGAGGGAAGCCCUGAGGUGCGGCGGCUCAGACUCCCAGCUCUGGUUCACCCCUUGGAUUCUUAUCGCUGACUGACAGUUCAGGCCGGCCACCACGAAGUUGCGGGCUGUCGAACGGGACUUUGGGGCACUGGGGCGGUGUUACGCUUCCAGCCCGGUGCGGCCCGGUUCUGUGAUUAAUGGGGCAGAGGGACAAACGUACCCACAGCC